AUAAUCAACCGUGCUCAAUCAUAAUUAGCUAUGUUGUUUUUAACCAGAAUGUUUUCUUUUGGACCAACCCAUGGCUUCAAAAAUGUGGCUUCCUUGAAUUCUUUUUCCAAGGAACCUUGUAAAUUAUAACCAAACACAGCCUAAAACGCUUUGCAUUUUAUAUUGAGGUAUUAUAUUGAUGUGUGAAAACCGUACUGAGAUGUCAUGCUAAGUUAUCAUGUUGAGUAUCUAUAGAUUUUUAAGGUGAGUUUGGUUGAUGGAAUAUGCAUUACAUGGUCAAAGUAAAUUUAUAAGGUAAACCAAUGAGAGAGGGUAGGAGUUAGGAAGGAAUCAUAUUCCUUUUAUCAAUUUAUUCUAAGAAUAUGAAAUAAGAUGAGAAUAUCUAAUAACAUUAGCUAUUCCCUAAGAACUGUCACAUGCUAAUAUAAAUUAUUCCAAACUAAUUUAGUUUAUAAUUAUGCUUUGACAAUGAAAUUCCUAUUCCAUCCAACCAAACUGAUCCUAUUAGCUUUCCAUUAGUUGGUGGUACCGACACAUCUUAGGUAUCUCAUUAGUCAUUAGGAGUAUGAUUGAUUUGGGAGAAAUGAGGGGAAGAGAAGGGGAGAGAUUUUUUUAAAAAUAAGUUAAAUUAUCACGUUAAUAAAUAAUAUAUUUUAAUUGGUUAAAGGAUUUCUCCCUCUUAUUCCUUCAUUUUCGUUUUCUUCAAAUAAAAAAUGAAUAAUGAUACAGAUGCCGAUUCUUAUGGGACAAAUUUAGGAGACCACUUACGUAGCAAGUUAAAGUGUGAGGGAAUUUUAAGUCUCCAUUCAAAUGCUCCAAGUUCGGAUAUGGCCUUUAAUUUACCACGUAAGCGGUUCCCUAAAUUCGUCUCAUAGGAAUCGGCAUCUGUAUCAUUAUUUAUAAAAAAUACUCUAAACUUUGUUAACAACUUAAAAAAUUUAAUGAAAAUCUCUUUUUUAUGAAAAUAAAAGAUUAUGAAUUCAAGUUAUAUAAUAUGUAAUUAAGAUGAAUUUAGUGGUACAUUUAGAAUUACUGUGAAGUAUUGUAACCGUAACUAUGGUUGUGGCUAUAGUUGUACUGAACUGUGCUAUAUUGUAACUAUGGUUGAAAGUUAUUUUGGUGUUUGAUUAUUUAUUUUUUAAAAUUAUUAUGAAUAAAAUAUGAUAGAUUUU